CGUGCGUGAUGCUUUAGUGCUGCAAAUAUUUUAAUUUUUAAUAGAAUUAGUGAAUUUUGUGGUUAGGUAGCUAGUUUUAUCUUAUUCAACAUUAAUCAAAUUAAAACAAUUACCUAGCAUCUUUUCACCAAAGCAGUUAUAAAGUGUUAGUUAUGAUAUUGGCUGAAACUUUGUUGUUCUCUCUGUCUUUGAUCGAUACCGGUGCAAUUUUAUUUCUUCUAGUUUACUAUAUAAUUACUCUUUCGGACUUAGAAUGUGAUUACUUAAAUGCCCAGGAGUGCUGUGAGAAGCUUAAUUAUUGGCUUGUUCCGAAAUACAUUGCCCAUGCUUUCGUAACAUUUGUGUUGUUACUUCAUGGUCAAGUUAUACUUUUUUUAUUGAAUCUGCCUAUGUUUGUAUGGUUGACUUUUGAGUAUUUGACUAUACCUCGUGGCAAUCUUGGUGCUUAUGACCCUGCUGAAAUACACAAUCGAGGGCAACUGAAGAAACACCUGAGAGAUGUUAUGAUAAACAUUGGAUACUACUUAGUAUUUUUCUUUAUAUACCUUUACUGCUUUAUCUUAGCACUCCUGAAAGGAGAUCCGCUCCAAAGAGCCAAUGACGAUCAAAUUGUAACUGAAAUAUAAGAUAUGGACAAUACAAUAGAUGCAGAAUUCAAAGAUGGGAAUGUCGAUGACUGUGAUAAUGAGAGUAGUUCAAGCGAUUCAUCAGCUGCUUACAAGAAACUGUCACUUCCAGAACACAUACUUGCUUACAUUGAGAGGCGUGAAUUGUUACGAGACUAUGAAGAAGUGUCUUGUGAUAAUCAUUUAAAAGACAAUGUUAUGAACAAUUAUGUUAUUGUCAAAAGGAUUUUGAGCAACUUGUCUUGGCAAGAUAAAUUACUAUGUAAACAUGUGUGUAGAACUUGGUACUCGGCUGUUUUAGCUCUCCAGAAGGAACAACUAUGUCCAGCUGACUUUGUGAUAGAUUUGCAUUUAAGUCAAAUAAAGAAUGGGGUGAAGUUGAAACAGUCUAGUGAGCUUCAUACUGAACCCUUAGUUGUUUUCUCCUUCGUUAAUGACACUGGUUUUGGCUCUACUAGUAGAUGUUUGGCGUUAGUACCCAGCCCAUGCGAUCCUCCUUGUGAAAAAGAGCAUUGUUUGAUGGAUUAUCUACAAAACAAAGUGGCUGCUCCAAAAGAAUGCAUAUUCACAGUUAGAGCCUGCUAUUUGUCAUAUCGCCCUCUAGAACAAUCUAAAACUUCUGAUCAUGCAAUCAAGCAGCGGAUGUUGAGAAGAACCUUCCCAAUAAUUUGUGGAGUCUACAUACCAAUGAUUCCAGAUGUUAAAUUUCAUAUCAUCAAUAUAAAGACAAAUACUGAUAUGCAAAAUGAUUUUUAUGAUGUUGUAUCUAAUUUGGCACAAGGCUGCAUAUUUAAAGGUGUUUUAGUUUAUGUAACAGAAAAGUUUAUUGUUCAAUCAUUCAUUGAGGAGUGUGCUUAUUUAAAUUACUUUAAAGAAGUCGUCACCGGGUUUGGGGAUGGCGAGAUCUUAAGGGGACCUGAAGCCGAGAAUUGGCGAGUGCCUCCUCGCGAGCAGCGAGGUAUGCUAGGUGGAUGGCAUCUCCCCGCGGGGGGAGUCUCCUCUCCGUCUGGAGCCUUUGCUCAACUAGAGAGCGUCUCUGAGACUCGAACCUCGGCUCUAGUUAGCCGUUGUCGUGGGGGAGCGUUCACCCGUAGGCGGCCCACCCGACUUAAGCUGAGUGACAGCGCAGUGUUCACGAGAGGAUGGCGCGCACCCAGGCGGUGCUGGUCGGGUGCCGGGUCAGCCAACCAGACGUUCCAUAUGCAUUGGGCGGCUGCAUCGUUGAAGACACUUUAGAGCAAAGUGACACUAAUCAACUUGUUGAUAACUUACGAUAUCCUAGAGCAACAGAAGAUGAUGGCAAUGAUUUUGUCAGUGAGAACUUGAUAACCAUAGGAAUGUUUACAGUGCCAAAGAGUACCAGCAGUUCUGAACACAGUGAUAAAUAUAACUUUGAUAUGUACUCCCUUGUCAUUGAAUCACCUGAUUGGAGCAAAGCAAAAAUACAGAAGACAAUUAAUGAGUUUGCUAAAAAAGUACCUAGGUUCGAGCAUAGCGUUGCACUCAAACUGGCUUGCGUCGGUCGCGAUUUGAAACACGAAAUGGAAGAGGACUAUUUCCGUGCAGAGUUUCCCAACACUAGGAUCAUUGGGUGUUUUGGCAACGGGGAACUGGGUAUCAACCACCCAGCCCGACCACAGAUUGAAACGCCUCCUAUGAAGAAGAAUCGGCAGACUCCGCCACCCCUUGGACUGUUGUAUUCGUACUCGACAAUUUUUGUGUAUAUAGGAUGGGGGAAAAUGACACCAGUACCGUCGUAAAAUAAAUAUGGAGGUUAUCUUAAAGGUACAAAGACGAAAGUCAUUUAAGGAAGACAAAUAAUUAUAGCAUGUCCUAUUUGUAAUUUAAUGUUUCUGAUACCUAUCAGUACCUACUGAUCCCUGUCUUUUUACUAUCUUGUUAUCUACCUUUCAGUUUGUUUUUCAUUUAUUUUAAAAGCUAAAUUAUAGGUAGACCGCUUAACUGAGUCCUUGCCUACGUUUUAAAGUGUGUCGGGGAGGACAAAAACAUGGACGGUGACAGAUGCGGGCGGCAGGCACAAGACCGUCACAGACGUAGCUAUAAUAUAUAUUAAUAUAUCGAGAUAUAUAUUAUAUUAUAGCGAACUACCACAGACUGGAGCUAUACUAUAAUAUAUAUUUUUAUAUUUUUUGGCAGGCG